GGGAUCGGGCUGCGCCUGCGUGCUGAGCCCGCACGAACAAGUGCGCUGCGCCGAGGGCACCGGGUGAGGGCGAGCAGACCUCGAGCAGCCGCUGGCGCCGCGGUCGUUGCCACCAUCGCUGCACAGCCGGGGUCUCAGGCCCAGAAGGCGGUGACUGAGGAUGUCGUCCACCGCAGCUUUUUGCCUUCUCUCUACUCUGGGGGGGUAUUUGGUCACCUCGUUCUUGUUGCUUAAAUACCCAGCGUUGCUGCACCAGAGAAAGAAACAGCGAUUCCUCAGUAGGCACAUCUCUCACCGCGGAGGUGCUGGAGAGAACCUGGAGAACACAAUGGCGGCCUUCCAGCAUGCAGUUACCAUUGGGACAGACAUGUUAGAACUGGACUGCCAUAUCACAAAAGAUGAGCAAGUUGUAGUGUCACAUGAUGGAAACCUGAAGAGGUCAACCGGGGUCAAUGUGAACGUCUCUGACCUCAAAUACUGUGAACUCCCACCUUACCUCUGCACACUGGACGUCCCAUUUCAGAGAGCAUGCAAGUGUGAAGGAAAAGAUACCCGAAUCCCCUUGUUGAAGGAAGUGUUUGAGGCCUUUCCCGAGACGCCCAUUAACAUCGACAUCAAAGUGAACAACAAUGUGCUGAUUCGGAAGGUCUCUGAACUGGUGAAGCAGUAUAAGCGAGAACAUCUGACAGUGUGGGGCAAUGCCAACUCUGAGAUUGUAGACAAGUGUUACAAAGAGAACUCAGAUAUUCCUAUACUCUUCAGCCUGCAGCGUGUUCUACUAAUCCUCGGCUUGUUCUUCACUGGCCUCUUGCCCUUUGUGCCCAUUCGAGAACAGUUCUUUGAAAUCCCAAUGCCCUCUAUCAUACUGAAGCUAAAAGAACCGCACACUAUAUCCAAAGGCCAUAAGUUUCUCAUCUGGCUUUCUGAUACCUUGUUAAUGCGGAAAGCUUUAUUUGACCACCUCACCGCCCGGGGCAUUCAGGUAUAUGUUUGGGUUUUAAAUGAAGAACAUGAAUACAAAAGAGCCUUUGAUUUGGGAGCGACUGGAGUGAUGACAGACUACCCAACAAAGCUGAAGGAUUUCUUACAUAACUUUUCAGCAUAAGGAAAGUACUCCACAUCAUUCAAAGGGGUCGUGGCCGGAAAAGAUCUGAGGAGACGUGUGUUAACCAUGGUUUCCCUGGGAUUUCCAGGGCGAUAAAAGGUUUAAUCAGUUAAGUUUUAAUACCUCAUUUUUUUUAAGUCUGUAUGGGAAUGUAGAAACUUCCCUAUCUUGCAUAUUUAUUUUCAUCAAUAUUGCAUAUUUUACAUUGGUAACUUGUUUGAAGGUAUUCAGCACUGAGAUAUGUAGAUCAUUGAUCAAGAUGUCUGCGUAUGAUGCAGUAUUCUAAAAUUGUAAAUCUGAAAUCAAAGACAAGAGGCAAACAGGGUGUUAGCCUUCACUGAAACAGGAUCAACCAUAGUAAAAGAAGGGCGUGGUGACAUGAGCCUGCGAUCCCAGCACAUGAGAGGCUGAGGCAAGAUGACCAGGGGUUUGAGGCCAGCUUGGGCUACAUAGUGAAACCCUGUCUUUUUUUUUUUUUUUUUUUUUUUUUUUUUUUUAGUAAAAAAAAACACAGAAAAUUAUUGAAGGCCAUUACAGCCAUUUUGAAUUGUCUCGUACGUCUAGGUACAUUUUAGUUAAGGGAAAAUAUAGGGGAAGAGGAACCUGAAAGAGAUGUGUAGUACUUACUUACCUGGCAGGGUGCGUGCUAUUCACAGAGGGUAAAUUCAAGCAAAUAACAGUUUCUCAUUACUCAGAAAUCCAGUCUGUGGCCUGAGGCAGACUCCUGGGUUGUGGUUGUUAAUGGGGACAUUCCGAAUGGAGUCUUUUUUUUUUUUUUCCAGGUGUGUGACAAUGCUGCCAUGCCUAUUUUUUUUCUUAUGUCUUUAAAAAUAGACAUUAUAACACAAGAUCCAAUUAGUCAUGUUUUUAUGUUUCCUCAAGAAAGAAAUACUCGAUUCUUAGCUUUGGGCUUGACUAGACUGAACCUGGACCUGGGUUGUCAGUGACGUGGCAGCCCUUUAGUAUUGGCUGGUGGAAACAGCAUUGUUGCACACAUAUUAGUGUGAGCCACCUGCUCCCGGUCUCUCUGGCUCCUCUGAGCGUCAGUCACCGACAGCGUUAAGUCAGCAUGGUACACAGCACUUCCUCUGCCUUCCGAUGUGACCUCAUGCACAUCUUCUCUCUAGCCUCUUGACUAAUUUUCAUGAUGUCAGACUGGGAGAUAAAUUCAGUAUAGAGUACUAGACGUCUUUUGCCUAAAUUAUGUCUCUGCUGUGGGGUCUGCCACAUGCAGCCAAGGAAGGACAGCCUCACUCCCUUCUGUCGCUUGUGGUCUAAAUUGUAAUAAAGUUUUCCAAGA